GAAAACUGUUAUGUACGAUGCUUAAAAAUUACCAAUAUUGAAAUUAAGAUUCCAAAAUUGUGAUACAUAAUUGCGCUGAAGUUCAAAACAAAAAUUAGAUAAAUUUAAUGUGGACUAUACUUAUUAGAUGAAAUUUCAUUUCAUCACGUUCAUUUAGACGUAUAGAAAAAUACGCCCACUUUGGUAUAAUGUACAAUUUUGUACGUAUAACAGUACAAUGUGAUUCCGAAACAACUUUACAAACGUUAUCAAUGCUUAUCUAUUUAUCUUAUCAUAACGUUGGAUUUCAUCGAUAUAAUCUGUAAUGUUCCAGAAGUCGUCGAUGGUUAGUUGGCUACAGUGGUUUUAGCUGGCCCUCUUUUCAUAACUAGUUGUUACAGUCCCCUGUCGUAUUAAAUCAUAUCCGUUCAUUCAGCCUCUCAGUUGUGGCGUCAAUGCGUUGCGACAAGCAAGUGCGUAUAUACGAAUACUUAUAAAAAAUAAUCGGUGCAUUGUUUUUAAGAUAUCAGUUGGAUAGAAAACAGCAGACACUUAAAAUAAACAUGACUGAAGGAAUAUUAUUAAAACCUGGACAACAAAUUAAGGCGAUAAUGAAUCAAAAUGAUGCUAGACGAUUUGUAGAAUUACGAUACGGCUUAGUCGUUGAAAGUAUAAAAGAACUCGAUUCUUAUGACGAUCGUAACUAUCGUAUUUUGUGUAAAGAUACAUCAAUAAAUAAUAAUCCAUACGUGUCUUCGAUAGCAAAAAAUGGCUAUAUAUUAAAGGUUAUUAACAGCUUAGACUCCAAAAAAACUAGUUUUAUUGAAGCUCAGAAUGAGUUGUUAAUAUUCUUGAGCAAAAAGGGUAUUAUUUGCACAAUUCCAGUGAAACAGAAGGACGGGUCAUAUUAUUCGUUAGAGAUAUUGAAUGGUAGCAGUGAAAAACAUGUUGUUCGCUUGUUGACAUAUUGUGAGGGUGAGAUUUUACAAGAUGUUCCAAAAACAGCAGAACUUUUAAAAAACGUAGGUUCGUUUACUGCUAGACUGGAUAAUAUUUUAAAAGAAUUUUGGCAUCCAGCAUAUGAUACUCAAACUUCUCUUUGGGUUAUGCCUGCUGUACCAAAAAUCCGGGACUUUCUUUUUGUUAUGGACGAUAAAAGUGAUAUUAAUAUCAUUGAAGAAAUUGUAUCAAACUUUGAACAAAAAGUCCUUACCAUUAUAGAUACUUUAGAAAAGGGUAUCAUACAUGGAGAUUUGAAUGAAAAUAAUAUAGUUAUUAGUUCGGAUAACAAAGACGUUGGAGCAAUUAUUGAUUUUGGCGAUUCUCACAAAAACUGUUUUAUUUUCGAAUUGGCUAUCUCUUUGUGUUACAUGAUCACUCAAAGUAAAGAUAUUGAAAUGGCUAAAUACGUGAUUCAGGGUUAUCAAGAAGUUCGACAAUUAACUUUACAAGAGAAACGUAUUUUAAAAUUGUGCGUAUGUGCCAGAUUAGCUCAAAGUUUAGUGCUGGGAAGCUACUCAUAUCAACGAGAACCAGAAAACGAUUAUUUAAUUCGACAGCAUCCAAUGAAAUGGUUAACCCUAAAGAAACUUUGGCCAAUGGAUGAUAAUAAAGUAAUGAAAAUGUGGAGCAUUUAAAAUUCAAUUAAAUUAUCUAUUAUAGACCUGGCUAUUUUGUAAUAAAUUUAAAUUUAGUAUCGUAUUGUAUUGUAUUGAAAUAAAAUAACGAAUUGCAUAUGUGUGUGUGUGUGUGUGUGUAUAAAUGGGAAUUAUAACAUGUUUAUAUUAUUGUAAGAUAAAUUUCAUAUUAUUUUCAAUAGGAGCAGCACGCAGCAAUAACCUUUUAUUUUUUAGAGAUAAGAAAGUGCAUGAUGCUAGUAUGGUGACGGGCAAAGGUCUUAGUUAAAACUACCGCACUAAGAUCGAGAUUCUUGAGGAGACUUUCGUACAUCAAACUAAUCUUAAUUUGGAGUCAACGGCAAAGUAUCCAUGCGUUAGCUCGUUUAAUUAAAAGCCAAACUUGACAUGUCUUUGUAUUUUAGUUACGCUUAAUA